CAACCCGUCAGGCGCCUCUCUUUUCCAAAUGCCGAAUCGGGUAUAAAAAGGAAAAAAGAACCCGGGCUCUCAAGCUUUCACAUGAUUCCCUCUCCCCCGGGCCGGCAUGGGAGCGGCAGUGACGUCGCCAUCGUCCGGGUUAAGCCGCCGCGCAUUACCCCAGCUCGACACUUGUUAGCGUCCCGCAUUUGAUCGGACCUCGGCAGCCACUACACUAUUCAUACCUGACCACGAGGGAACAGGAAUGAAUGCCUUCACUAGUAAAACUGACUGUUUGUCUUAUAAACCAAACCUGCCCAUCCAUCUGCCACCCUUCGCGCCGCCUGUGAUUGCUUCUCUUUGUUCUCUUUUGCAUACCCAAGCUACACCAUCGCGCAUAGCAUCGCGACCUCUCUCUCUUUUCCCUUUUGAUACCCUCACGCACCCUCACCACCCUCACCACCACCACCAUGUCCGCCCAAUCCAAGCCCGUCCUCCCGCAAAACGACAAUGUCGCCCACGCCCUCGCCGGCGCCGGAGGUGGCAUCCUCUCCAUGGCCCUGACUUACCCCCUAAUAACUCUCUCCACCCGCGCCCAAGUCGAAUCCAAGCGCCCCGGCUCUGAAACCGCCUUCCUCGCCGCCGUCCAAAAAAUCGUCGCCCGCGAAGGCGUAUCGGGCCUCUACUCGGGCCUCUCCUCCGCCCUCUUCGGCAUCUCCGUCACAAACUUUGUCUACUACUACUGGUACGAAUGGACCCGCGCCUUCUUCGAAGCCGCCGCGGAAAAGUCGGGUCGCGCCUCCAAGAAGCUCACCACCGUCGAGUCCAUGAUCGCCGGCGCCAUCGCCGGCUCCGCCACCGUUAUUCUGACGAACCCCAUCUGGGUCGUCAACACGCGCAUGACCACCCGCAAGGCUGCCGCCACCGAAGAUGGGGAAAAGAAAGAUGACCUCGAGGCGCAAAAGGCGCGGAACAAGAAGCCGAGCACCAUCGGGACGUUGUUGGCGUUGUUGAAGAAGGAGGGGCCGCAGGCGUUGUUUAGCGGGGUGGUGCCCGCUUUGGUGUUGGUUAUCAACCCCAUUUUGCAGUACACGCUGUUUGAACAGAUGAAGAAUGCGGUGGAGAAGAAGAGGAGGAUUACUCCCGGGGUUGCGUUUGUGCUGGGCGCGUUGGGCAAGUUGUUUGCUACUACGGUUACGUACCCUUACAUCACCGUCAAGAGCCAGAUGCACGUCGAGGGGGGCAAGAAGGAGGGUGUUACUGAGGCGUUGAAGAGGGUGGUGAGGGAGGAGGGGUAUGCUGGGCUUUACAAGGGCAUCGGUCCCAAGGUGAGCCAGAGCGUCAUCACUGCUGCCUGCUUGUUCGCGCUCAAGGAUGUGCUCUACGAGUACUCCGUUCGCCUCAGAGGCUCCAUGGCGAGAAAGGCUCUUGCCUAAAUUCGAGACUGGACAGAGAGCCUUUGGCAUAUGAAAUCGAUAACGAAUUGACAUACAUGGACAGAAUACUUGGUUGCAAAACCAUUUUGGAACAGAUAUCACCAUCUGCGGAUGACACCUGCAAGAGGGGCUGUUGACAGCGCCUUGUUGAGAGGCGAGGGAUUUGUACAUAUAUUUGAAGACUACGUGUAACGCUACCAUUAGUGCAAGAAAAGAGACGCCGUUCGAAACCUUUUGAUCAUUUCGUUCCCGC